AACAGCGCAAUGGCAAGAAUUGUGUUCCAAAAAUGAAUUUAAUACUGCAUACACUACGACAUGUUUCCCCCGAAAAAUCAGAUGUCCAAGGACUAUUAUAAGAAGGCCGCAUCAGUCUGCUCUCAGUAAAUUACCGGCUGUCCUCGCGAUAACAUCUUACUAUAUUAAACAACGAAAGUUAUUGUCAAAACAAUGUAUGCCGAACGUUCUUCUAAUCUGAGCAUUCAUGAGUUUUGGAGGCGUAAAAGUUCGAAAUACAUGAAAACCAUCAAGUCCGAGCACCUGUUCGUCAACCAUACCUGCUGGUACGAGGAAACUCCGGAAACGAAGAAACGAAACCGAAGACACCGUCACAGAAGUAGUGUGAAAUCGAUCCAGAGCUUGGAGCCGUCUGUCAACGGAUCAGACAGUUUCUACGCAAGCUAUGUCGACGGGUACGAUCUGAAAAGGAAGUUCAUAGUGGUUGAGACCCUUACAUCCGAAAAAAAGUCUCGCAACUACUGGAAACUAAUUUGGGAAACUAACUGUCGCGUAAUAGUGAGAUUCGACAUUAAUGAUUGGAAAAACUGUCAAUAUUGGCUGCAUAAUCAUAUUUCUGACUACACUGAAGGUGAAUUCAAUGUGUGGAAAAAGAAAACAAUCUCACAUAACUACUAUACGGAAAUAUUACUCACAGUUGCCAAUAAGAAAAAUGGCAAAUCAAAACAAAUAACUCAUUAUGAGUAUCAUGAACACCCAGACGGUAAAUUGCCAAUCGAAUCAGCGCGGUUUAUAUUUUUCUUGAAGAUGGUCAACAAAAGUCAGGAAAACUACAACAUAUCUGCAUCAUCAUCAAACAAAUGUGCGCGUACACCAAUAGUGGUUCACAGUGUUGGACGUUAUGAAAGAGCGAUAUCGUUCUGUGCGUUAGACAUCUGUUUAAACCAGAUACGGGAAACAAAGUCAGUGUCAGUGCCUAGUGUAUUACUAAAAAUAAAAGGUCAAACGCAAUUAGAUUUCUUUAGCUUUGAGGAAUACCUAAUCAUUAACAAAAUCUUAUUGCAUAGUAAAUGGGCGUUAGAGUUGAAAACGGAAGAUGAUGGUAAGACCUCGUUUUUCAGAAGCCGAGUCAGAAAAUAUUGUUUGAUUUUCAAAAGAGCGUCUGUUUUCUGAACAUGAGGCUGUAGGCUUAGGGUUGUCAUGUACUAGUUUUACCUAUGUAUCACUGAAAUGGUUAAUUGUAACUUUAGGUUUCACUAUAUUUGAAAUUGGUAUCUCUAUAUAAUUAAAGAAAUAAGCAUUAUAAUUAAGCUUAUUAUUUUGUAAAAUAUUGUGUAUUAAAGAUUUUUCGUAAUCGUUUGUUAUUUAUUUUUAUUCUGCAUAACAAUUAAGAAUUUUCAAAGAACAGCACAGCCAAAUAAAGUCAUAAAAUAUGAAACAAAUUGCUCUAUUAGGUGGUAAGAAAAUUUUCAAACACAUUCUUAACCCAUGGCUAAUCAACUACUCUACUCAUCAGGGAUCAUAAUCUCGAUAUUAUUUAAUUCUAUGGCUGACUGCCAAAGCCGAGCAUAAUAAUUGUCAACACUCUGAGACGCUGAUCAGACUCGAAGUUCCGUGCAAACAAUUUUGGUUUCUGUUGUAGUUGCAAUACGGUCUAUAAUCGACUGCACCUGAGUAUCACUACAGGCAUACUUCAACAGAUAAUGUAGUCAUAUAAAGAUUAUGAUUUGAUGUGCAUCUUAAAGAUGUGCAAAAAGAGACAUUAUUGGCUUUAGUUCAAUUUGUUGGUCUAUAUCUUUCAACAGGUGGCAUUUCGAGGUGAUUAAUAUCCAUGUGGGUGUGUCUAAACAAAAUUUGGUUCUUACAUAUUUCUCAAAUGUACCAACAGAUUUGAAUGCGUCUUCAGCGGUCGGAAGGUUAUAUUAAAGCUUACAUAUAAUUAGUGAUUUAAAUUACUCUGCUAAAUAUUUUCUAAGU